GGGGGCGGCGCCGAGGGGCUGCCCCCCGGGGCCCCGCCGCGGCCCCCGCGCCAGCGCUGGGUCUGGAUGAACUUCGAGUCGCCGUCGCACUCGCCCGGGCUGCGGGGGCUGGGCGGGCUCUUCAACUGGACCAUGUCCUACCGCCGCGACUCGGACGUGUUCGUUCCCUACGGGUACCUCUACGUGCCGCCGGCGCCCCGGCCCUUCGUGCUGCCCCGCAAGACGCGGCUGGUGGCCUGGGUCAUCAGCAACUGGAACGAGGAGCACGCCCGGGUGCGCUACUACCGCCAGCUCCAGGAGCACCUGCCCAUCGACGUGUACGGGGCGCGGGGGAUGGCGCUGGCCGAGGGCGGCCUGGUGGAGACCGUCUCAGCCUACAAGUUCUACCUGGCCUUCGAGAACUCCCAGCACACCGACUACAUCACCGAGAAGCUCUGGAGAAACGCUUUCUCCGCCAGCGCCGUGCCCGUGGUGCUCGGACCCCGCAGGGCCAACUACGAGCGCUUCAUCCCCCCCGAUUCCUUCAUCCACGUUGACGACUUCCCCAGCCCCCGGCUGCUGGCCACCUACCUGAAAUUCCUCGAUAAGAACAAACCCAACUACAGGCGGUACUUCGCCUGGAGGAAGAAGUACGAAGUCCACGUCACCUCGUUCUGGGAUGAGCAUUUCUGCAAGGUCUGCGAGGCUGUUAGAGCAGCUGGGAAUCAGAUCAAGACUGUUCGAAAUCUGGCCAGCUGGUUCGAAAGCUGAUGUUCCUGGCGGGUGAGGCUUGCCUGGACAGCCAAGGUGUCGGGAAGGAUGGGUCUCACAGAGAUCAUUAGCCGCAGAGGACUGGCAUCACUUGGAGAAGCAUACAGGUACAGGAAAACAAGCUACCAAAGGAAGAUUUUUAUUAAAGAGAAAAUCAUGAAGAUAAGAAGAGACAUUAUGCCGAUGAUUCCUAAAGAGCAAAGUUAAAUUUCCAAAAGUUGUGCGGUUACAGAAGUUUCAAAGUUCUGCACAGCUCAACAUAAAUAUCCGAUGCCAAAUUCCUCAGCUGUACAGCUGAAACCAAUUUCGGCGGCUAUGACAACUUCCUGGACUGUGAAACUUUCCUCUUCUCACAGAGGAUACAUGAUCAGUGCUGGUUUUCUGUAAUACUAAGACAAAAAUGAAUGUUUUAAACUGGUUUUUAUGUGUGUGAAAGCUAUUUACAGACAAAUUCGGAGCCACAAAUGUUGAAUGUAAGACUCUUAUGAUACAGUAGCACCUUUAAGCAAUGCUUGAAAUUCCAGCAGCCCGCUAAUAAUGCUUUGAACCAAAUAAUUGUUCUGCUUAGGAAAAAGCGUAUGGAGGGGGCUGAAUCUGAGUGGACAAACAGCUCAGAUGAUUUAAAGUAUUUCUCCUACUACUGCUGAAACCAUGGGCAGGUUUAUCCUGUGUGGAAGUAGAGUAGAACUUCAAGUGCAGGAAAAUACAGACCAUAGGGAAGAAAGUUGGAACACUUCUCUCCUCCCUUUAUUCAGGAGUUAGAAAAUGUUUACAGGUAUCUGCAUGUUUUUCUCUGCAAAAUAAUUGCCAUACAGGAAAAUGCAGGGAAAGGCUCAGGAUGGCAGGAGUUUUAUUACUGUAUUGAAUAUAUAUAUACAAAAAGGGUAACUUUUUUAGAUAUUGCUGUUGUGUAGCAACUCUUUUGG